UCUCACAACAAACCCACACAUCCAAUUCCUUUAACGUUACUGAACAAUAGUGAGUGUGACCUUUCGCCUAAGCUAAACUUCAAUCUUACUCUCUUCCCCUUUUUUCAGGAUAUAUAUUCAAAUAUUCAUCUCAUCCUCCAAAUUCAAAACUCCAAAUCAAAUCCAACAAACAAACAAACACUUACAAUGCCCGAACCGCGACUCGCUCUGAAACCCGCCGGAAACGUGCCCAAACACGAGAACCAGAACCACGUAAAGACUCCACAGCGCUUGAGAAACCUGGCACCGCAAAUUCCAAAUGUCGUUGCGCAAAGCACCGUGUCUUUGGACAGCACGUGUUCCUCGGAUUCGUGUUCAAGCAACUCACUAACCAAAAGGGUGAAUCCCGCAACUGCAAGCAGAAGAAGCGUGAACCGUAACGGCCUUAAGCCGGUUAGGGUUGUGCCCGACGCCGUGGACGUAGCCACUACUGUGUCUCCGCCUCCCAAGAGAUGUGAAUGGAUCACUCAACAUUCUGAUCCCCUUUACACUGCUUUCCAUGACGAAGAAUGGGGUGUUCCAGCUAACAAUGAUAGAAAGCUCUUUGAACUUCUGGUAUUUUCACAAGCAUUGGCAGAACAUCGUUGGCCAAUAAUUCUUAACCAGAGAGACAUAUUCAGGAAGCUUUUUGAAAAUUUUGACCCAUCAUCAGUUGCACAGUUUACUGAAAAGAAAUUGCUAACCCUGAAAAUAAACGACAGCUCAUUGUUAUCAGAGCCAAAGCUCCGUGCCAUUGUGGAAAAUGCUAAACAAUUACUUAAGGUUCAGCAGGAGUUUGGCUCGUUCAGCAAUUACUGCUGGAGAUUUGUUAACCACAAACCGAUAAGAAAUGAAUUCAGAUAUGGACGUCAAGUACCAGUAAAGACUCCAAAAGCAGAAGUCAUAAGCAAGGACAUGAUGCGUAGAGGUUUCCAAUGUGUGGGACCGACUGUGAUUUAUUCGUUCAUGCAAGUAGCAGGACUUGUUAAUGACCACCUCUUGACAUGCUUCAGGAACCAAGAAUGCAAUGUCACAACCAAAAAGGAAUUUAAAACCGAGGUUAAGAAGAAUAAGGUACAAAAUGAAACUUCGGAGCUGACAUAAACAAAAUGACUGAAGACAUGGUCCAUUUUUUUCUUAUAAUUGUAUUGUACGCUAAUCUGUCUGUAUCACCUAACCUAACCAGAAAAUAAUAGGCCCCAUCUUGUUAUUGGUGUUCCCAUGUGAAGGUGCAUGCUUCUUUGACUACACUUAGUUGAUAAGUUGUUCUGUUCCGGUGUUCUGUGUAAUCAAUUUCCAACUUAGUAUUGUCACCUUGUAGAAUUCAUAAUGCAAUGCUCCCAUGUCCACUA